UGAACAAACAGCUGCUGGAGAAGGUCCCUCUCUUCCCGGCUUCCUUGGCCUCCGGCUUCCCUGGGGCCGUUUUAGGGCCGCCGAUUUCAGCCCAAGCAUGGCCAACGUCUCCAAGAAGGUGUCAUGGUCGGGGCGCGACCACGAGGAGGCGGAGGCGACGGUGCCUCGGAGGCCGCAUCAGCAGCACACGGAGCCGCACGGGGAGAGCACGCCGCUGCUGAACGGGGCCGGGCCGGCGGCGGCUCAGCAGCCCUCCCAUUCAGCAUUUUUCCGCAUUGGACACCUGAGCAAUGUAGAGCUGGAUGAUGAGCUACUUGAUUCGGAGAUGGAUGCACCUCAUCAUUUUCCUCGGGAAAUACCACAUAAUGAGAAACUCCUGUCCCUAAAGUAUGAGAGCUUGGAUUAUGACAAUAGUGAAAACCAGUUGUUCCUAGAAGAAGAGAGGAGAAUAAACCACACAGCUUUCCGGACAGUAGAGAUCAAACGCUGGGUCAUCUGUGCCAUGAUUGGAAUUCUGACCGGCUUAGUUGCCUGCUUUAUUGACAUCGUAGUGGAGAACUUGGCAGGACUGAAAUACCGAGUAGUAAAAGACAAUAUUGACAAGUUUACAGAGAAGGGGGGAUUGUCUUUCUCCCUGUUACUCUGGGCAACACUGAAUUCGGCCUUUGUGAUCGUCGGCUCCGUGAUUGUUGCCUUUAUAGAGCCUGUUGCUGCUGGCAGUGGAAUUCCACAGAUUAAAUGCUUCCUCAAUGGUGUCAAGAUUCCUCAUGUGGUUCGACUCAAGACAUUGGUGAUUAAAGUGUGUGGUGUGAUUUUAUCAGUGGUUGGAGGACUGGCUGUUGGAAAGGAAGGGCCAAUGAUUCACUCUGGAGCUGUUAUAGCAGCUGGCAUUUCUCAAGGAAGAUCAACCUCAUUGAAGAAAGACUUCAAGAUCUUUGAAUAUUUCCGAAGAGACACAGAGAAGAGAGACUUUGUUUCAGCUGGAGCAGCGGCUGGUGUCUCAGCUGCUUUUGGAGCCCCUGUAGGGGGUGUCCUGUUCAGUUUGGAAGAAGGUGCUUCCUUCUGGAAUCAGUUCCUGACAUGGAGAAUUUUCUUUGCCUCCAUGAUUUCCACAUUUACUCUGAAUUUUGUUCUAAGUAUUUAUCAUGGAAACAUAUGGGAUCUCUCUAGCCCUGGUCUCAUCAAUUUUGGAAGAUUUGACACUGAGAAAAUGGUAUACACAAUCCAUGAGAUCCCCAUCUUCAUUGCCAUGGGUGUAGUAGGUGGUAUCCUUGGAGCAGUGUUCAAUGCCUUGAAUUAUUGGCUCACAAUGUUUCGAAUCAGGUACAUACACCGCCCCUGCCUCCAGGUGAUUGAAGCCAUGCUUGUGGCUGCAGUCACUGCCACAGUUGCAUUUGUAUUGAUUUACUCCUCUCGGGAUUGUCAGCCACUUCAAGGGAAUUCCAUGUCUUACCCACUUCAGCUGUUCUGUAAAGAUGGAGAAUAUAAUUCUAUGGCUGCAGCCUUUUUCAACACCCCAGAGAAGAGUGUUGUCAGCCUUUUUCAUGACCCCCCAGGUAGUUACAACCCCAUGACCCUGGGACUCUUCACUCUGGUCUAUUUCCUACUGGCAUGUUGGACCUAUGGGCUCACUGUGUCUGCUGGAGUCUUCAUUCCGUCCCUUCUCAUUGGUGCUGCCUGGGGAAGACUUUUUGGCAUAUCACUAUCCUACCUUACCAGUGCUGCAAUAUGGGCUGACCCUGGCAAAUAUGCCCUGAUGGGAGCUGCUGCCCAGCUUGGUGGCAUUGUGAGAAUGACCCUGAGCCUGACGGUCAUUAUGAUGGAGGCUACAAGCAAUGUGACUUAUGGUUUCCCCAUCAUGUUGGUUUUGAUGACAGCAAAAAUUGUUGGAGACUUCUUUAUUGAGGGCCUUUAUGACAUGCAUAUUCAGCUGCAGAGUGUUCCCUUCCUCCACUGGGAAGCUCCAGUUACUUCUCAUUCACUCACUGCCAGAGAAGUGAUGAGUACACCAGUUACCUGUCUACGGAGAAAAGAGAAAGUGGGAGUAAUAGUGGAUAUCCUCAGUGACACUUCCUCCAAUCACAAUGGCUUCCCAGUGGUGGAGUACUCUAAUGACGCCCAGCCAGCAAGGUUACAGGGCUUGAUCCUGCGCUCCCAGUUGAUUGUCCUCUUGAAGCAUAAGGUAUUUGUGGAAAGAGCCAGUCUGAACUUGUUCCAGAGGAGACUGAAAUUGAAGGACUUUCGUGAUGCCUAUCCCCGAUUCCCACCCAUCCAGUCCAUUCAUGUGUCUCAGGAUGAAAGAGAAUGUAUGAUGGACCUCACAGAAUUCAUGAAUCCCUCCCCAUACACAGUGCCUCAGGAGGCAUCACUUCCGAGAGUAUUCAAGCUUUUCCGAGCAUUGGGACUGAGGCAUUUGGUGGUGGUAGAUAAUCAUAAUCAGGUGGUUGGGAUGGUGACGAGAAAAGACCUUGCAAGAUACAGAUUAGGGAAAGGAGGUUUGGAAGAGCUGUCCUUGGCUCAGACGUGACGGACUUGGCAUCAUGUCUCAGACGCUGCAGGGCAAGUGUCACUGACCACUGGAAACCCUCUGCCACCUCUUCUUUAGCACUCAUCUGAGGCCUUGUUUCUCUGGAGGCCAUGGAAGUGAAAAGUCCUCCCAGACUUCCCAGCUUUCUCCCAAGUGCAAACCUGGCUCCUCCAGGUUCUACUUCAGUGUUUUAAUUUGAUGUACAUUGUGGGUAGAUUUGUUUACAUUUUAAUGUUUUUCUCUGUGGUUUAUCGCCAUUGAAUUCAAUUUUUAUUCUGUCCUUUUAUGUUUCUUUACCUGAAAGGAUCAAAUAAGUUUAACUUUCUAGUUAUUCUCGACUGAAAGCAGAUGGGUGAGGGAGCUUGUUGUCCAUGCAUACACGUGGGGGGCAGUCCCACUGCACUGAGGAGAGUCAGUCUGUUGCACCUGCUGUGUUCCAUUCCUGCUAACCCCUGUGGCCAUAGUAGUUGAAUUUGGCCUAUUUGUUUUGCACAAUCCUGGGAAUUUCCUAAAAGAGUCCUGUGACUUUGGUAGAUGCUUCAACUUCUUCCCCUGUACAUUCCCCAUAACCAGUCUGUGCCUCCCUUCUUGGUGUGGCAGCAGGAGGCCUGCCGGCUCAGUGCUUGACUGGCCUGUCUCCAGAACAAUGGUUGGGUUUGGAUUGGGCCAAGGGAAGUGGCCUGAGGACAAGAAGUGCUCCACACGCUGACAUACCCGAGGUGGAACUGGGCCUAAGAAAAACUUCACCUACCCCCCCAAGAGAGCAGCGCCAGGUGUUACUGCCACCAGUGACGUCCCCUUCCUUCCAGCAUUGGCUCCUUGUGGGCCAAGGGGAUCUUGAAUCUGUCCUCCCCCUCCUCCGACAACAGACUUCAAAGCCAAACAAAUCUGGUUAUGGCAACAGUGGAAAUGUGAGAUGUGGCCAUCCUUACUGAGGCGGCUCCUGACCGUGGAUGGGCAAUCAGCUGUCACUGUAGAUUCCACGUCUGUCCUCCGCUGUCAGGUUGGCUGGCCUUGCCCCACCCAUCUUCUCUGGUCAGUGAGCUCCAGAAUUAGAGCAUCCUUCUGUGCACUCGCAGAGUCUGGACUCUGCGUCUUGGUAGCAGACAUGGCAUCUCCUGUCAGCCCAUGUCGGUGCUUGUGGCAUCGUUCCUUCCUCCCUGAACUUUCCCCUGCUCCCCUGCCCAUUGCAGAAGUUUGAGUCUUCAAAAGGAAGGCCAUUCAGUCAGAAACACUUUUAAAGUAUUUUUUAGGUGUUUGAUACACACUAUAUUUAUGUCAAUGAAAGGUACUUAGAUAAUGAAUCCUUUGGGUUUUAGCAUAUGACUUUUCUUAAAUGUACUUAUUCUUAUUUUCCCCAACUAUUAGAGCUGGGUAUAAAUGCACAGCAUACUUUGUUCAGCAUAUACCUACUAUGAGUUAUAUUGAGCUUUUUAAAAACUUUAAAAAAGCCUUUUUAAAAAGGCUCUUAUUGGGUACCUCUCUUGGAUUCUUAGUUCCUGUUUAUGCCAAGCCCUUAAAGUACUAAAGACCAUGUGGCCUGUGACUUAUCUUAGAGGAACAGCUCUGGCAUAUCUUUUAAUAAUGGACAGGAGUCCCUGGGGCUUCUUACCUUCAUUCAUAAAUUUCUUCCUUGAUAGGUAAAGACCAGCUCUGCCCAUAUCAUCUCGGGUAGCGUGCUGUUUUUGUGGUACCAGUUUCUUUCUUCCUGUCCUCCAACCACUACUCCUUGGCGUGUAUUCUUGCCACCUUACUGCAGAGCUGGCUGUGUCUCUUUGGCCUUCCUCACUGCCACAGCCUCAAGAGGCUGUCUUCCCCAUACUCACUCUCAUGUGUGUUUUUAUUUAUCUGUGCUUGGGGAGAGAGACCUGCUUUAAUGAAGUUCAGGUUUGGGGGUUCCUUCUGUCGCUAACCCCUGCACAGAUUAGUUCUCCAAGCUUCAGGUAGUCCUUUUAAGAAUGUUUUAAGUGUUCCUGUGGCUCUGCUCCUCCUGUUUUCUGUGAGAAGCAGCACACUUUGGUUUAUGUUUUUAUAGUUUGUACAGAUGUUACAUUUUGAUUUUAUCUCUGUUGAAAGUUGUGGCAUCUUUAAUGAGUGAAGAGUAGGGGAUUGUCAACUUUGCACUUCCUUCAAAAGCGUGUCACUGCAAUCCUUUAAGCCCUUACCCAGAUCAUGUGCCAAGAAGGAAAUGGGAAGCUGGGAGGUGGGCAGGGGUCAGAAUAUGUAUGAUUAUAAGAAAUAAAGGGAUUGAAGUCAA